UAAACUAACGUCUGUCGGCCAUAUUUAUUUUUGUUUACCAAAUUGCUCAGUCAAAUUGUCACGUUGUCAAUAAAAUUAAAAUUACACUGAAUUACACUGCCAUGAAUGAAGAAUCUAACUUAUGUGCGAAUACAUGGAGUCGCAUUAUCGAGCCUAUAAAUAAGGUUGGGUACCUAGAUGGGGCUGCCGAUGGUCAAUCUGCAGCUUUUCAAUGUAGUUUCGAUAUUGGUUACAGUCAAGGAUUCAUGUUUGGAUUACAGCUUGGUCUUAGCGGAAAUAGUUCAAAGAACAUAAAUGAAACAUUCAAAGAUCCAAGGAAAAUUAAUUGUCAGCUAUGUAUCAAUGGAACCUCAACACAGGAAAAAAUUGAUAAUUUGUUUAAUAUACAAGAAGAAGACAAUAUGAAGUAUUUCAAAACUAUGUAAAAAGAUAUUUUU